GCUAGACUGGCGGCGGCGGCGGAGCGGGGCCAAGGCAGGGCGCGGACUGCGCGGCCACAUUGUUGCGUCCCUGCUAAGUCUGGGCGGCGGGCGAGUCCUCGCCGCAGCUACAGCUCCGCGGCCUGGGAAGGCAGAGCGCGGCGCUUCUGCUCCUGGGGUCUUCUGAGCCCCCUCCCGGCUCCCGAAAGAUGGCAGGCAGUCUGUGGAGGAAGGAGUCCUGAGUUUCAUGGUUCGCCCCCUGGAUGGUGUCCUCACUUUGAUCUUCUCUAACUUGCCCCCACUCCCUCCUCCCAGCCCAGGCGAGGAGGGGCCCUGGACCAUGAGUCGCUACAGCUUCUCCAACCUGAUGGACUGGAUGUAUGGCGGGGUGGACCCCAGCUUUGAAGGCAACGGGGGCCGCGAGUGUGCUGCCUUCCUCCCUUGGGAGCAGCGUCUGCUAGAGAGCGUGGUCUUCACCAUCAUGGGCAUUCUGGAGAUCCUGGUCUCUCUGCAGAAGAUCAGAAGGUCCACGGCCCGGGAAGCUGCUGACCUCUUGGCUCAGUCCCGGGUCAAGGGGGAAAGUUGGGGCAAAAAUCUCUUGCUGGUGACCCUCUGUCUGACUUUCGGACUUGAAGUGGGAUUCAAGUUUGCCUCGAGGACGGUCAUCUACUUGCUGAACCCUUGCCAUGUGGUUACGAUGAUGCAGAUUUUUCUACUGGCUUGUCCACCUUGCCAUUUCGCCAUGAUUCUGUUCAGGUUGCAAAUGCACAUGCUGAAUGGGGCCCUUCUUGCUCUCCUAUUUCCUGUGGUUAACACCCGCCUGCUACCUUUUGAAAUGGAAAUCUAUUACAUUCAACAUAUCAUGCUCUAUGUUGUCCCCAUCUACCUGCUACAGAAAGGAGGUGUCUACACUCCUGAGCCAUCCUGGAAUUUUUGGUGGGCCUUGCUGUCCACUGGAUUGAUGUUUGUCUACCACUACAGUUUUUUACAGAUCUUGGGACUCAUCACCGAAGUGAACUUGAAUAACAUGCUGUGCCCGGCUAUUUCUGAUCCUUUCUACGGACCUUGGUAUAGAAUCUGGGCUUCGGGACACCAAUCCAUCAUGACCCUGUUCCAUGGAAAACUCAUCCUUCUCCUUUUCUAUAAUGCUGUCCCUUUCUUUAAGCUUGGUGUGGAUGUACUACGAUCUCCGGCUAAGAAAGUAUCCUGAAUCUCCAUUCUGGUUUCUUUCUUGAAGGAUCUAAAGGAGAACCAUGAUAUUUGGGAUUGGAGAAGAACACUUCCUAUAUUGUUUUAAUUUCUUUCUUCUAUUAUGACAUCAGGUUUAUCUUCCCACUUUUCUGCUGAAUCUUCAUUACCUGUAGUUGACAAGGAUGGCAAAACACGUGGGGUUAUUUACAAAAAGCCACAAGUAGACUUUGAGUGCAACUACUGAUCUUGCCACCUUAGACCUUUGGAAUUUCAGAUGUCCAUCAUAUCAUGGAAAGCUGAUGGAAAGCACUAAUCCGUGUUCUUGUGACUUCAGUGGGUUUUCCUCCUGUGUGGCAGCUCUUAGGUUUUACCUUCAGCAAAGAACCUCUUCUUGUCUCAUAUAGACUUUGAGCGUGAAUAGUAUUUGGUGCUUCCGCACUAUCAGUGCAGAUGGGAAGGCUGUUGGGUUGUUGAAACUGGUUAAACAAAUGGGGAACAAUAACAACCUACUUGCCAAACACUGCCUCCUGAAUCUCCUGAAAGUUUAAGCUGAAGCCUGGUCAGAUGCCAUCAUAUCGCUGGCACCUUUCAGAUUGUUCUAAAUUAAUUGGUGAAAAGCAGCUUAAUUGCUGGAUUAAGAUUUAGGAGAUGGAUUUGUCUCAGUUAAAGGCAUUGACCAAGAAAAUCUGCCAAUUUGGAGUUGGACUUUAUGUCAUAGUUAAGCAUACUUAAGCAUACUUAGUUAAGCAUACUUACAUAAAUGUAUUACAUAUUGUACAUACAUGUAUUCAAUGUUAUGUCCACAUAUAUAUCAACUGCCCCUUCUAGGACACUCCAGAAGAAAGCAUAACCUUUCUUCGUCCAUGUUUCACCAUCUAGCAAGACUCUGCUAGAUGACAGUCCUGCAGACCAACAUAUUUGGAUAUCCUUGGGGAAGACAGCAUACAUGGAAUAUAUAUAUAUAUAUAGUGAAGCUAGCCAGAUUUGACUGAAGUAGCUAAGCUCCAAAAAUCAUCCUUCACAGACAUUGAGGAAUAAUUGAAAAGUUGGAGAAAAGUAAUUCUCAGAAGCAGAAUCUCUACCUUUUUGAGUUGUUGCUGUGAUAGUUGUUCUGAAUUAGAUUCUGGCUACUCUUUGGUCCCAUCCCGCCAGUCUCUCCAGUUGUAUUGCCUUACAAGUCCCAUGUUGGGCAGCCUUUGAUACCUCAAGCAGAGAAAAAUUGCCUUAAGGUCAACCUUAUCUGCUGUUUCCACCUGAAUGUAGGAAGUAAUGGGGUAGGGUGGGGUGGGUACUCAUCAUGAAGAACUGGUGUAGUUAUGAAAUUUCAUUCCAGUUGACCAAAACUUGAAUCUCAUUGCAGUUUGGUGCGAUCAGAGAAGUAUUCUUCUACUUGGGGACUUUAUAGAUCUUGGUUGUUGUUGUUGUUUUUUAUUCGUAGCUCUUGAUACAUUUUGUAAAUAUUCAACUGUGAAUAUUCUUUAGUUGUCACAUUACUAUCAGUUCCUUCUAUGCUGCCCAGUGGGAAAUUGCAUCUCUGUGUUUCUUGGGCCAAAUUCCUGAUGUCAAAACCCAGUGGGGCCCUGGGCAGCAAUGUGUCUUCUGCUGCUGCUUUGAUGAAUUUUGAUGUUUACUCUUCAACAUAGCAUAUUUAAACAGAUAUAUGUAGACAUGCAAUGAAAUUUCUAGAUGAAUAACAUAGCUACAGUGUAUUUGUGCUUGUGUGAGAGUGUGUGCGUGCGUGUGACAGUUGUUCAGGACUCCUUCCAUAUAGGACCGUAAAACUUACAAGGAAAUCUCCUUGUAAGCAUCUGUUUUUAGUAGUGAAUAUUGAGUUUUCUUUUUCUUUUUAAAAGCCAAGAAUUAGCUAGGGUGAAUUUUUUAUUUGGAUCUGUCAAUGAAAGUGAUCUUUGUAUUCCUCCUGUGAUCUCAAUUUUCGAUCUGGACCUAUCCUUUGAUUCUGUGCCAUAUUUAUCAUCCACACCAUGGCCUUAGUUUUCUCUAGUCUAGACCAGGGGUCUCCAAC